UCUGUCAAAAACAGCUGUUCCGUUGUUUGAUUUACAUUGCAUAAAUUUAAAAUGCAGAAAUCAAAACAAUCUUAAUAAUUUCUAUGGUAUUUUAUAGUUAGUGUAAAAAUGGAAGAGGAUGGUUUGGAUGACUUACUUGCCCAAAUAAGUGAACCUACUUCACCGAAGAAAUCAAAACAAGAUGAACAGCCCGGUACAUCAAAAUCUACAUCGAAAACACAUUGUGUUUUAGUUAAUCAAAAACAGAGAGGAAAUCCAUUACUAAAGUUUAUUGUAAGUGUGCCUUGGGAAUAUGAUGAAAUAAUACCUGACUAUGAAAUAGGAAAAACUAUUGGCAUCCUAUUUCUUUCUGUACGUUAUUAUAACCUUAAUCCUGAUUAUAUUAACAACAGGCUCAAAGACCUGGGGAAGAAGUAUGAUCUGCGAGUGCUUUUGGUACAGGUAGAUCUUAAAGAUCCUCAUGCAGCAUUAAAAAAUUUAACAAGGAUUUGUUUGCUAACAGACCUGACACUCAUGCUUGCUUGGAGUCCAGAAGAAGCUGCAAAAAUUAUAGAAAAUUACAAAAUCUAUGAAAAUAAACCACCUGAUAAAAUAAUGGAGAAAAUAGAAAAUGAUCCACACCAAAAGAUAGUUAAUGCUCUAUCAUCAAUAAAACCAGUGAACAAAACAGAUGCAUUAACGUUAAUAGCAACAUUUAGUACUUUAGAAAACAUAAUAAAAGCGACAGAAAAGAAAUUAUCAGAAUGUCCUGGCUUUGGAGCUACCAAGGCUAAAAAACUCUAUAGAGCUUUACAUGAACCAUUCUUAAAAAAUCAAAUGAAGCCAGAUGUAUUUGCAGGAAAUAUUUGUAUAGAAGAUAUUGAAAGUGUUGAAAAUAUCGCUGAGUAGCAUAUGAACAUUAAAUAAUUAAAUAAUUUC